AUGCAAGCGAUAAAAGCCGUUGUUGUCGGAGACGGAGCUGUAGGUAAAACUUGCCUACUGAUUUCCUACACAACAAAUGCUUUCCCCGGAGAAUACAUUCCUACAGUUUUCGACAAUUAUUCGGCUAAUGUGAUGGUCGACGGACGUCCAAUCAACUUGGGUCUAUGGGAUACGGCUGGACAGGAAGAUUACGAUCGAUUGAGACCGUUAUCUUAUCCGCAAACCGAUGUAUUUCUCGUAUGCUUUUCACUCGUGAAUCCGGCCUCGUUCGAGAAUGUUCGAGCAAAAUGGUACCCUGAAGUAUCACAUCAUUGUCCGAAUACUCCAAUCAUUUUGGUGGGAACAAAGGCCGAUUUGAGGGAUGAUCGUGAUACCGUGGAAAAAUUGCGAGAACGCAGAUUACAACCCAUUUCACAAGUUCAAGGACAGAUUAUGGCCAAGGAAAUCAAGGCAGUGAGAUACCUCGAGUGUUCGGCUCUGACGCAGAGAGGACUCAAACAAGUUUUUGACGAGGCUAUUCGUGCCGUGCUUUGUCCACCCAAACCCGCAAAGAAGAAGAGAUGUGUGAUCCUC